AUGAUCGGGCGGUUUGUUGCCCAGUUUGCAUCUAAGGUCCUAUCUACUGUGGUAGAUCAUUGUUUCGAUGGGUCUGGUGUAGUGCUUACUCCUCUUGUGCUGUUACAAUCAAUGCUUCAUUGUUGCCUUUUAAUCCUUUCGGACUUCGCCAAAUGCUCGGAAGAUUUUGCAGAAUUUGAAUCUGCUUUAUCUAUAACAGUUGGAGCCUCGUGGAGUCUUAUCUUAUCUUGUAUUGAACCACCAGCUAUUCUCAUUUUAUAUAAACAUACAUUAUCUUGUCUGCUCCGUGUAAGGUUGAUUCCAGUAGCUCGUUUGAUAUCAGACUGCUCUGCUCCUACAACAGCUGGCGCUGUUCCAGUAGCCCAUUUGUCAUCAGAUGACCCUGGUUUCUCAGCAUCCUUCUUAAUUCGAGCCAGAAUGACUAACAUGGGUGGUCAAAAGCAGAUAGCUUCACUGCCGUAUAGCAAGAUCAAGGGAAUUGCAUUUGUGGAUGCGGACUUUCGUCUUAAUGAUGAUUUUGCAACAACUUACGCAAGGCCUCCCCAAUCGGAAGAACAUAUUUCUGACUACCAUUAUCUGGCUUGUACUUUCGUGUUUCUCUUAGCCCUUUGGGAUUAG